GCACCUGAACCUAAGAUGGUGAGCGAGAGUCAUCAUGAGGCCCUGGCAGCUCCGCCAGUCACGACAGUUGCCACUGCCCUAGCAAAUAAUGCCACAGAACCAGCCACUCCUGGGAAUGGAAAGGAAGAUGCAUUUUCUAAACUGAAGGAGAAGUUUAUGAAUGAGUUGCAUAAAAUUCCAUUACCACCGUGGGCCUUAAUUGCCAUUGCCAUAGUUGCAGUUCUUUUAGUCCUGACCUGCUGCUUUUGUAUCUGUAAGAAAUGUUUGUUCAAAAAGAAAAACAAGAAGAAGGGAAAGGAAAAGGGAGGGAAGAACGCCAUUAACAUGAAAGAUGUCAAAGACUUAGGGAAGACCAUGAAAGAUCAGGCUCUUAAGGACGAUGAUGCCGAAACUGGAUUGACUGAUGGGGAAGAAAAAGAAGAACCCAAAGAAGAGGAGAAACUGGGAAAACUUCAAUAUUCACUGGAUUAUGAUUUCCAGAAUAACCAGCUGCUGGUAGGAAUUAUCCAGGCUGCCGAGCUGCCUGCCUUAGACAUGGGGGGAACAUCUGAUCCCUAUGUGAAAGUCUUCUUGCUGCCUGAUAAAAAGAAGAAAUUUGAGACAAAAGUCCACCGGAAGACUCUGAAUCCUGUUUUCAAUGAGCAAUUUACUUUCAAGGUGCCAUACUCUGAAUUAGGUGGCAAAACUCUGGUGAUGGCUGUGUAUGACUUUGACCGUUUCUCCAAGCAUGAUAUCAUUGGGGAAUUUAAAGUCCCCAUGAACACAGUGGAUUUUGGACACGUAACUGAGGAAUGGCGUGAUCUGCAAAGUGCUGAGAAGGAAGAGCAAGAGAAAUUGGGUGAUAUCUGCUUCUCCCUUCGCUAUGUUCCGACUGCUGGUAAACUGACCGUUGUCAUUCUGGAGGCGAAGAACCUGAAGAAAAUGGAUGUGGGUGGCUUAUCUGAUCCUUAUGUGAAAAUUCAUCUGAUGCAGAAUGGCAAGAGGCUGAAGAAGAAAAAGACAACAAUUAAAAAGAACACACUUAACCCCUACUACAAUGAGUCAUUCAGCUUUGAAGUACCUUUUGAGCAAAUCCAGAAAGUGCAAGUGGUGGUAACUGUUUUGGACUAUGACAAGAUUGGCAAGAAUGAUGCCAUCGGCAAAGUCUUUGUGGGCUACAACAGCACUGGUGCGGAGCUUCGACAUUGGUCAGAUAUGCUGGCCAACCCCAGGCGACCCAUUGCCCAGUGGCACACCCUUCAGGUGGAGGAGGAAGUGGAUGCCAUGCUGGCAGUCAAGAAGUAAAGGAAAGAAGAAGCCUUUCUGCAUUUGCCCACAUAGUGCUCUUUAGCCGGUAUCUGUAAAUACCUCAGUAAUAUGGGUCCUUUCAGUUUUCCAGCCAUGCGUUCCUAACACAAUUCAGUGGCACUUCAGAUCCUGUUUUCAUUUGCACAAAUUUAAACGUAGAGAAUCCUUAAGCCUUUUGUCAUAUCACUGCCCUCAAAUCUACUCUUCUUUUAAGCAAUAUGAUGUGUAGAUAGAGCAUGACUGAAAUUAUUUAUUGUAUCACACCGUUGUAUAUACCAGUAUGCUAAAGAUGAUUUCUAGUUUGUGCAUUUGUAUGUUGUGUUUCCUAAUCUGUGUAUAUCUAGAUGUUUUUAAUAAGAUGUUCUAUUUUAAAUUAUGUAAAUUGACCGAGAUAUAGGAGAGCUGAUAAUAUAUUACAUGGUAAAUAUAGCAUUGUCUGCAUUCCAGCAAAAAUAUCAACUUGUAAGGCACUAGCACAGCUCAACUGACAUCUUAAAGGACAACUUAAACCUGAGCUUUCAAUUGGAUCAUUUUGAGUACCAAAACAUGCUUACACCACAUGGUGGGUAAAUCCAAUUUUGUAGAAUUCCUUCAAAGGCAAAUCAGCAUGAUCUGAACAGUAUCCAGGCUGACCUCAAGGAAGCAAAGCCACAAACCAGAACAGCAUAUGUCUGUAUAUAUCUACAAAGCUAAAAUCAUGGCUUCACUCUUAGAGUCGAGGAAGUAACUGAACAGGAAUCAAUGAUUUCACAUUAUUGCCCAUAGAAUAACAACAUGAUGGUGUUCCGUGUGCAUGUGUGUGUGUGUGUGUGUGUGUGUGUGUGUGUAUGCAUAAGUGCAUUUGUUUGAGGAUGGGGGUGGGUGGGAAGAAGUUGAGGGGAGAAGUCAGCAUUUCUGAAAUAUUUCCUAUUACAAAGGAAAAAAGUAGCUCUCCUUUAUCACCUUUAUACUAAAUGUGCAUCCUAUGAAUUCUGACUCAGAUUUCACACUGAUAAUAGUUCUAAAAGGUUUGCACAUUAGGCUUUAUAACAAAAUAUUUUAUUAUACAAAACCAGAUCAGAAGGAAUGCAGAAUAUUUUUAACAAAGCAAUCUGUGCUUAUUACACAAAAUUACUUUGUGGUAAACAGUAUUGUAAUCCCAUCAAAAGAUGAAAAAACAAUUAGCCAUAGUUCUGAAUGCACUCACUUCAAUUAAGCCAAAACAGACAGCUAGUGAUCUUUUUAUAUGCUCUUUUUACUUAUAUAAGUUUUAAUUUGUCCUUUAAAAACAAAAGGUGAAACAAAAUCAAGAACAAGUUCUAGAAAACUGCAGCAACCUCUUAUGUAUACUAGAUGCUUGAUUUAGGAGGAGUUUUUAAAUGUUUUCAAUGUUACUCUGUAGUAAAUGGCACUAUUCUGAAGCUACUAGUCAUUCCAUAAGAGUCUUAAAGGACUGCUCUGUGUAACACUGUGACGCCGUGUGUGCUUAGAAACCUAGUUUCCUCAGUGGAUAGCACUCAAUUUAUUCUGUAGUGGUCUUGUAACAAUACUGCCAUUCCCUCUAAUGCACUGCCCAAGGUGUGUGUAGCACAAACAGUUCUCAUUACAAAGGACCAAUUCAGAACUGAAAAGCUAUGCAUAGGAUAAGAACGAUACAUAGACUGGGGUGGGACACACAGCAUUUGGUCAAUCACUGUGCAAUAUUCCAUAUUUCCCCCAUUAUUGUAGACAACCACUUUAUGGAAGGGCAUCCAGUCUUUUUUCCCCACUUGCUCUGUGACCUACUUUAACUCAGAGGCCACAGAGAAUAGUGAUGCUCUGACGGGACAGUUUAUCUUCACAAAUAUCAAAACAAAAUGAAGGAAAACUGAGCAUUGGUCUCAUGUUCAGACUUUAGGAUAUCACACCACAUAUUUU